CUUGGUGUUAUCGCGAAUUUAACCACUGUGCGAGCUACAAUUUCCUAGUCCUGUUCCCGGGGAAUUAACGGUAGGGACCGCACCAAACAUUGACAUGAGUACUGAAGCACAUGAUCCUGCGCAGCACCUCGCGGUACUGAUUGUCGAACCAGACCCCGCUAGCAGAUGGGUAUCAAAGCCAUUCUUGGACAUUCUACGCGAGCACGUUCUACCCCGGCUACAUGAAGCCUACCAAGAGAAUGACCUGUCCGUUGAAUCGCAUCCAUCAUCAUCUACAUCAGCCUCCGAGGAUGCAAACCAGGCCACCGAAAAUGACGACGAAAGCAAAGCCGAAGCCCGGGCGCUGCGCCGCGCUUCGGCCUCGGUCGCGCUCGUCUGCUCCGACUGGGCCGCAGUCCACCGCCAGGCGGAGCAGGGUGUCGUACAGGCGCGGUUGUGGGACGCGGGCCAGGUGGGCAGCCUGGGCCGCUUCCUGCGCCGGCGCCAGCGG